AUGUUGCCAAGAGCGCCUUCCGCCAGCGAACUACAACAUCAAAAGAGGUUGACUGGCAUGUUUUUGAAUUUAUUUUUUUUGUUUUUAGACUAGCGAUGACUAUACUACCUAAAAAAAAUGAAUUUUAUGUUUCUCAUUAAAAACUUUGUUUAAAGUGGGAUCAUUGAAGGCUAUGGCUAAAAUUGUAUUCUGUUAAUCAAAUUCUAGAAAAUGGGAUUUAAAAUUUCAAAGUCAAAGACUUUUAUGACAACCUCAUACUUUUUAGAAGCGUAUUACAAGGAUCAGGAAAAAGAAUUGUUUCCUUUUAUCGAAAGUGGACAUCAACGGAUCAUGAAUGAUGGUACUGUCUUAAUUUGGAAUCCAGCUGAAGGCUGUUAUGACAAAGACUUUACCUAUCAUUAUACUAGACAAAGUAAGUCUUUGUAGAAGGUUUUGAACGGACUUUUUUUAUAUUUUGAAGAAUUUUAUAUUGUGUUAUUAUUUUGUUUAAAACUUUAUUUCAUGUAUAAUAUGCGAAAAAAGCAAUAUAAAACAGUAUAGACAGCUUUAAACGUACCAUAUUUUGUUUUAAAAGAUAAAUCAAAGUAUUCACAAGGAAGCUAAAGAAUACAUUUUUAGACGCAAAUCCAUCUUGGGAAAUCACUGAUGAGAUGGUGGACAGAGUCACGAAGAAUCAAAGGGAGAAGGAAUUCCUCAAGAGUAAUUAUUACAAGAACAUGUUAGUGUCUAAAGAGCAUAUUGAGAUUGCUUCACGUGAAGAUUGUUUGUAAGUGGAAGCUUUGUUAUAUUAAUGUUUAGGAAAGUAAAUAUACUUUUUAUUUUUAUUUUAUUGUUUUAGGGGCUUAAAUAUUGCUUAUUUUAAGUUUUAAAUUGAUUUUAAGCUUUAUAUUUUAAUGAUUUUGGGCUUUAAAUUAGUUUUAUAGUAAAGGAGGUGUAGAAACGUUAUUUAUUGGGGAUAGGAUAACAGUAAAAGCCAGGAAAAAGGUUUAUACUCAAUAAAAAGUGGCUUUUUAGUGCCCUGGCCGAUGAUGGACGUAAAGAGCACUCUCUUCAUCGUGUUAACCAUCCGUUCAAUGACAUACCUGAUAAAGAUAUAGAUUCUUGUUUGGAUGACAUCUUUGUUCGUCAGAAUUAUCGUUAUACUUAA